AUGGAUGAGUCAAACAUAACGUUUCAUCCCAGCGAAGGCACAGAGAACAUCUCAAUGCACAGAAACAUUUCUACACAGGAAAGAGUCUGGGAGAUAUUGACCCCACUUUGGCUAAUUAUGAUCAUCUCCUUCCUGGGUUUUUGUGAAAAUGGAAUUGUCCUCUGGUGCCUCUGCUUCCAGAUCAAAAGAAAUCCAUUCACAGCGUACAUCACACACCUGUCCAUUGCUGACAUCUCCUUACUGCUUUGUACGUUUAUUCUGUCCAUUGAGUACAUUGCUGGUUUCGGAUUCGCGUAUGGUUUUUACUACUAUAUAACCACCACACUGUCUGUUGUCUUCCUUCUGGGAUAUAAUACUGGUCUCUAUCUCCUGACAGCCAUUAGUAUUGAGAGAUGUCUGUCUAUUGUUUACCCAAUCUGGUACCGAUGCCACCGGUCACAGCACCAAUCAGCAAUUGUGUGUGCAGUUCUGUGGACUCUGUCUUUUCUGAUGACAGUAGCCGAAUACUUAGCGUGCAAAGAUGAUUCAACGAAAGAACAAUUCGACGAUGGCAGCCACUGCCAAGCACUGCUCAUCUUCACGUGGAUCCUGACUUUCAUGAUCUUCAUUCCUCUGAUGAUUCUGUCCAGCCUGAUCUUGGUUAUCAGGAUUCAUCGUAACUCCCUGAGACCUCACUCGUCAAAGCUCUACAUCAUCAUUGUGGCCACAGUCAUUGUCUUCCUCAUCUUUGCCAUGCCUAUGAGGCUGUUAUACCUUCUGAAUUACCACCACUGGUCAUCUCUGCUCAGCCAGCAGAACCACGUCACCGUUGUGCUCUCCACUAUUAACAGUAGCAUCAACCCCCUUGUUUACUUCUUCGUAGGAAGCAGCAAGAAGAAGAGGUUCAAGGAGAGCCUCAAAGUGGUCCUUAGUAGAGCACUUGCAGAUGGGUUGCGGCCGAGAAGCCAGGAAGUUGGCAUGAGUUUGGAUAUAGCUGAAACAAUUUUCUAA